AUGAGAGAUCCAGCUUUCCCGGGGACUGCCAUGGCUUACCACCCUUUCCACGCUCCCAGACCAGCCGAUUUCCCCAUGUCCGCCUUCCUAGCGGCCACACAGCCCUCCUUCUUCCCGGCUCUGGCUCUGCCCCCGGCUGCUCUGGGUAAACCCCUCACCGAUCCCAGCCUGGCCGGAGCCGCCGAAGCUGGCCUGCAUGUCUCGGCUCUGGGACACCACCACCAAGCCGCUCAUCUCAGGUCCCUCAAGAGCCUGGAGCCCGACGAGGAGGUGGAGGACGACCCCAAAGUCACCCUGGAAGCCAAGGAGCUGUGGGAUCAGUUCCACAAACUGGGCACCGAGAUGGUCAUCACCAAGUCUGGAAGGAGAAUGUUCCCUCCGUUUAAAGUCAGAGUGAGUGGCUUGGAUAAGAAGGCCAAAUAUAUUUUAUUAAUGGAUAUAGUGGCA